GUAGCCCCCAUGUUGAGGAUGUGAAGGAAGCGCGGCUGUCAGCUGAUGAUCACAGUUGUCAACACGGUAGCAGAUCUAAAUAUUACCAGUUUCUUGUUGUCCCCUAAGCCCUGAAGCCUCCUUUACCUACUCCCUCCCGUCUUUUUUUAAGUGUCUUGCCCGCCUACUGGCAAGCUACAAGGAAACGAAGUACCGGCGGAUUCAUGUCAAUGGCGUCGUUUGACAAGCUGCCUCUUGAGAAUGCCUUGGAAGACUCGCCACAGGUUCGAUCCCUGGUGGGAGUGGCCAGUGCAGAUGCGCGAGCUCUUCGAGACUAUGUCACAACCCUUCACCAGCUCUCAUCUAAGCUGGUGGCUGCCCACAAUCAACUCACUUCAGCAUACCAAGAUUUGGCCAAGCAUCUGAAAGCAUACAAGUCAAUUGUAAGUAACUUUUCAGUAGAAAAUGACAGUGACGGAGUGGAGGUAUCGACACUUGAACAGUUUGCAACACACAUAUCAGAGAUGAGUUCAUGGGAGCAUAUAGUAGCAACACAGAUUGCUGAUGGAGCCGUGUAUCCACUAUCAAGGUUCAUAGAUACAGAAUUACACGAAAUGGACACCAUGGGAACGCUUUAUCAGAAUGCAGGCAUAGACUUGGAGAGGGCAGUCACGCGGUAUAGUAGGUGCCGUCGACGAGAUCCUGAACUGGAGUAUCGUGAAUCAAAUGAAGACGUGUAUGUCUCCAAAAAAAAGUUUCAUCAGAUGGCCCUUCAUUACUACUCAAAACUCAAUUUACUCCAGUUCUCCCGUAAGACAGCCUUGCUUGAGCCAAUGCUGGGACUAUUGGUAGCUACGCGAGGACAUUACAAUAUGGGGAGGGACACACUGGCAAGUCCUGAGGUGGAGGAUUUCCUCUCAAAUAUUUCUGUCUGUGUCAAGAGUGUGCAAGAGGACCAAGCAAAGGAGAGAGAAGACACCCUAGAGCUGAUUGAUUCCAUCAUCACCCAGUCUCAGCUAAUGUAUUAUGCUCAGCCGCCCCCGGAUAUUGCUGCCUUGCCCCCUGACACCACACUUGCAACCAAGAGUGGCUACCUUAAUGUCCAAAAGAAAUAUAUGGGUGUGAUGAGCUCUUGGGAAAGGCAGUUUGUAUUCUUAGAAGGUGGCAAUCUGAUGAGCAUGGUAAAAGGGGAGGCAGCAGGAGCACUUCUUCUCGAGGUUGAUUCCUCCACACUUGUACAUGCUACAGACACUGAUGACAGACGUCACGUUUUUCAGGUGGCCACUAGCAAAAAGUCUGUGACACUUCAGGCUCUAAAUGACCGUGAGAGGGAUGAAUGGAUGUUGACUAUUCACAACCUGGCAAAAGAUGGUGGCUACAUCAAAGAUGAGAGAGCUUCCCCUGCUUCACUCUUCUCUGGCGUGGGACAGUUUUUUGCAGAUAAGUUUCAUGCUGCAUCUGCUGCAAUGGGUUCAGCUCCUUCAACUCCAACUAUCACUACAUCAUCUACAUCUCCAUCAUCCAACUCUUCAGCUACAGCAAGCAGUCCACAUGAAGCACCUAUUCCACCCGACAAUCCCAUAGUGUUUGAUCUUCUCACUUCACCAGAAGAAACAUCUGCUCUCAGUCUUCAUAGUGGGGAAACAACAAAGGAAGGUGCAGGGGAAGAGUGUGUGCUUGACAGCAGCGAAGGAAGCAAUUUCUUCCUUGUGCGUUUCCUUGGCUCCAUGGGUGUCAAUGUGGACAAAGUAAUUUCUUUCAUACAGGGCCAAGGUGUUGUGUGUGAGGUGAUGAGGAGGAUCCUGGCUGCUCGAGCCAUUCAUAACGUGUUCUCCACGACUGAGCUGCACCUCUCGACUUCCAGCUCGCAUCUGAUUCUCUCUGAUGCCGCCACUAAAGUUAUUCGUCUGCAGCACAGACUGUGUGAUGUGGCUUAUUGGGCUACGCAUAAUGAAAAUCACAAGCUGGUAGGAUACAUAGUGCGCCAAAGUGAUAAUGGUGGUGGAGCAGAUAGCACGGGAUACUCCUGCUUUGUAUUUGAGGCAGAUGGCAACGGAACUGACAUUUGUACUGCUUUGGGUUUGGCAGCAAAAGCAGCCUAUGACCAUCUUAUAGAGAAGAAGACACUAGAGAAAAAAAGGCAGCAGGAAACUAAACUUCUGUUGGCCAAUAUAGCCAAGCUUCCAGACAUCGAUGCUCCCCCUCAAGUGAGCUCUGAUGGUCAGUUUCUCAUUCUUGAUGGCGACUUGGUUGACUCGCCCCCCAAGACUUCGCCAGCUAUCGCCCGUAUCAAGGAAGUCGCACCAGUCCCAGACCCUGUCAAAGCUUGUGAUGGAGAUGACCCAGAAAGUGAAGCUUAGCAUCCUUUUUGCUCAUAAGGGUUUUGCAGAUUGAUUAAGUGUGUGACAGGUGGAGUCUGGUUGUAGAGACUCUUGACCUGCAUAUUUUACUUCUCACUCUAUAUACAAAGGUAAAUAAUCUGGUCUUUUACUGUAAUGAGACAUUUAUAAAACAUUUUGUUUAAAAAAAUGUCAGUCAUUGCAUUGUCUUGGGAGUUUUGCCCUAUUGACAAAUAUGUGCUGAAAGAUAAUAGGCUUAUUAAUUUUAAUGUAUCUCCAUACUCUUUAUUUUUUAAGAAAAUGUAUCUAGACUUUUAACUAGGUGGCAGCAACACUACGUAUUGAGUUCUGGAGUCUAGAUGUGUUACUAUACUAGAUGGCAGCCACACUACAUAUUCAGUGCAGGCAUUUGAUAAAAAAAAAAAGUACAGUAGUACAGUAUAAAACCUUUGUAUUUGACAUGCAAAGCCAAUCCCACUGCAUUUUAAACAUUAAUAUUGUGGGCAUCUAUGAAUAAUAGUAUUCAGUGAGUCGUAUUGACAUUUUGAGUGAAACAUUGGCAUUAAAAUUUUGAUGGCUACUUAAUAUUAGUCAAUUUAAUACGUUAUAAUAAAAGGGGUUUAUCCUAUAGCCAGAAUUACACUUAGUUUUCCUUUAAACAAGUGUCCAUUUUCUUAAUAUGAACACACAAAUGGGUUUGUGUUGAUUAUGCAUGUAAUAUUUUUAAUGAAAAUUUGCAUAUUUGAAUUGAAUUGUAUGUAUAAUGCAUUAUAAUUUAUUUUAUUAUUAUUAUUAGCCUUGAUAAUUUUCCUGAUGUUAGUGGUUGGCAUAUUCUGGUGCUGGUAUGGACACAAGUGUGAUUUUUGUAUCAACCGAAUGUCUCCAUUUUAUUUGCAGGAUUUUUCAUGGUAUACUGGUAUUAAAUAAUUCUUUAGUUGCUAUGAAAAUCUUAUUAAUAUAAGUUUUUGCAUUGCAGUAUGGAUAUUUUCCCAUUGCAGUAUACUGAACCAGAAGAUUAAACCUUGUCUACACUAUAUUAAAAUCAAAUGAGCUGUAGUACAAAUGAUUUAAAAUUGAUUGAAGCUUAAAAAGAUUGUUGAAAGGGACAUUUUUUUUUAUUAUUCACUAAGGUGCAUUAUUUAUUGGUCUUAUUGACAAAAAUUAAGAAAUGUCUAUUAACUAAAUACACUUAAAGGAACUGGAUUUUUUUUAAUUAUUUGUUAGCUUUGUUUGAAAGCAAAUAAAGCUUUGAAAGAAGUCUUACAAUAAGGUUUUAUGUAGGGAAGCUUCAAGGUGUGGUACAGUACUGUAAUGUGCAAUUUUCUAGUGGGAAGUAUGAUAGCAAUUUAAAUGUAAAGGGAAUGACGGGUUGGAGGGGGUAUAAAACCGUAAAUAUGUUGCUUCAAUUUGCUAUAUUAGCAGCUUUUGAUCUAUGAUGUAAACAUUAUGAAUCUGUUGAAUUGAAGCUAGAAUUGAAGAUAGUAAAGGCAAAAAAUGUUAAUUUGGCCUAAAGUUGAUAAAUAUAUAAAUGUCCAUAACAAGGCUGUGAAUGAAUUAUCUUUUGAGAGUAUGUAUUAUUGUGGGGAGCGUGUGUUAACUUUGCUGUUCCUCAGACCUUUCUUUUAGUAAACUCUGAUAUUAGAAUUAAUCACAUGGUUCAGGAAUUUUGAUGCCAAAGUUAUAUUCUGAGGGACAAUAUGACAUGCUGUAGUUUCUUCCAUUGUCUGAAACAUUUGCAGAUGACCUAUUUACAUUAACUUGUUCUGAAGUAUUUCUCCUGAUCUCUAUGGCUGGAGCAUUUGACUUACUGAAAAAGCUAAAUUCUGAUUUACUGUACUGCAGCAUUCGACAUUAUGGUAGUUAACUGCUAUAUCAUAGAAAAACACGUCUGUGUACUGUGAUAUUCGACAAUAAUCCCAAACCUCUUUAAAAUGUCUUUGCACUCUACUAGGGGUUCUUGUCUGGUGGUGACAAUGUUAAAUACUUUUUGUUUACAAUAUCCAAAUUUUUUUUUAAGAAUGCUAUAGCUGCUCUGUUUAUUGAUGAAUCAAAGUCUGUUAAUGGCAUUGGCUUUGUUGUUUACCUGAUCAAAUUACUUAUGUGCUACCUUUCCUCAUGGACAAAGAUUUUUACAGCUGAGCUUUCCUUGAUUUGAUUUGCUUUAACACGGCUGCUUCUCAUGUGCCAAUGCUAGUUUAUUAUUAUGGUUGACUCACACAGUGCUCUAAUUGCCCUGGAGUCUUUUAACCUUUAUAUCGAGUGGGGGAAAGAAAUCCAACAUUGGUAAUUCCCUCUCUUUAGUAGAUACAAGGCAAUUGAGUUUUGCCUCUAGAUGAUCUCACAUAUUCACUGCUGAAGAAGCCAUUCAUGCCUGCCCCAUCUCACAGAAAUGAAUUCCUGACUCUGAUUUCUACCCUGUCAUUCAUAAAGCAGUUCUCAACAAUUGGAGAUAGAUGGUUGACUAUUUCAAAUAAUAAAUUAUGUGCUAUUAAAUGUGACCUAUCCUCUUGGCAUUUUUACCUUCUCUGGAUUAAAAAGUGGGAAACAUCUCUGGCUCGGUUACAUAUUGACCACAAGAUUUAACUGAUAGGUACUUAAUGGAACGAGACCUGAACGUUACUAUUGGAACUGCAUUGUCCAACUAUCAUUGUGCAUUUCAUUGUACAAUGUCCUAAUUUAUGAGAUGAUUGAAAAUUUUGCUUUUUCAAUGAAAUUUUGAGUAACAUGUUCCCUUAGUAAGAGCUUUUGUUAAUCGAACCCAUUUGACAUUGCUUACCUUGUCUCUUUCUGCUCUCAUAUUGGCAUUCUGAAUGGAAUAUAGGAGCUUAGAGCUUUCUUUUGAUAAUUACUGUAUGUACUUGACUUAUUGAUGUAUAUAUAUAAACCUUAUACAGUACAUUUAGUAUGAAAAAGUGUUUGGUUCUAGUAUUUGUUGGAUAUUUUUAUUUUUUUCAGAAUGAAGACAAUUUUUUUCCACUAUAUAAAUUUUGUUGAAAUUUUCAUUAGAUUUGGGAAGAUAUAAAUAUUUGUUUAUAUUAGCAUUGCAUUGAAAAAAAGCAAAUUUCAUUUACAGUAUUUGGGAAAAUGACAUUGGUCACGAACAACUUAUUGAAGUGAAAUAAGUAGCAAAAGUUAAGCUUUUUACUGGUCAUAAGAAAGUGCUGAUCAUAAUUAAAAUGUUCAUUAGGAAGAAAUGCCAAAAUUCCAUAAAGGUUCAUAAAGCCUUUUGUAUGCGUUUUGUUUAAGUUAAUGGGGGGAAGAUAAAUAACUAAUUGUAAUUUUCAAAGGUGUUCAUGGUCUCAAAAUGGCUAUAUAGUAUUGCAAAUUAAACACUAGUUUCCAUCCACAUUGGUAAAAAAAUAUUUAGAAGUCCAUUCCUUGUUAAAUCUUUCCUAUUCAGCUUUCCUCGUCUUAUGAUCACUCAUUUUCACUUAAAAUUAUAGGUUUGGGAUAAUAACAAAAAGUACAAAUUCUUCAAAAAUCACUGAGUAAUGCCCUCUUUUUGCGAGAAGUGUAAUGAAAAGUGUUGGUGCAGGAUGCGUGGGUCAAUGUGGGGUACGAUAUUGAGGCAUGGCCAUCCACGCCAUUGGUCAAGAAUUGGUUUCUCGGUUACAGGUUUGCUGGCAUCUUUCUUUGCCAAAUCCCUUAUCAGGAUUCCCUGUGGACAACCAAGGGAAUUACGAUUAGGUAUUUGCAAUAUUUACAAGGUGAUGAGCUGGUAUUUCUGCUAUGGGUGGCAAUUUGCCAUAUAAUGAUCAUUAUUUUUAAAAUUAAGAUUAAAAAAAUAUAAAAUUAUCCAUUUCUAUCUGUAAUGGUGAGCAACAGAAAUAAUCUGCCGAGCAAAUUUUGGGCCUCUGUAGUGUCUUGUGUAAUUCGGCCCUAGGCCAAUGACUGAUCUUCCUUGACACGCACCCCACAACAGUUGACUAAUUUCCAGGUACUGUACUGUACCUAUUUGUUGAUAAAUGAACAGAGGCAUUGGGUGCCAAAAAACUUUGAACAGACAUUGUGUUCCGCUUGGAAAUUGAAACCCAGCACCAAUUAGUUUUGAUCCGUUGACUCUAUAUGAUCAUUCACAUAAAGUUGUCUAGCGAAAGAUGACCGAGGUGUACAAUGCUCCAGAGAAAACCUCAGAUUGAGUGGUGGCAGUGGGUCAGAAUAAUACUGUAUGGGCUGAUAGUUUGGGUUAACAUUGAAUGAAGUUUUGCACAGAUGAUAAAAAUACAGCACAUACAUGUUUAUUUAAGAAUGUUUCUUGUUGAAAUGUUCCUUAUUAUAGUAAUUUAAAUAUUGACUUUUUAACUAUAAUAGCUCUUACAAAAUUGUAAAGAGGAAUUAUAACUUUUAGUAUAGUUCUAAUCAUAAUAUUUUGAUAACUAACAUUGAAAGAAAUAAUAGAUUUUUAAUUGAGGAGCACCAGCAACUUGCUUGAAAUUUUAGAAAAAGUGAGAGAGUACAAUUGUAUUAGUUCAAUACAGUAUAUAGUGCUGAAUGGGGGGGGGGGGUAGGGCUAGUCAUGAAUUUCUGAAAUGAUCUGAGCCUUCAUAUAAGACAUUAGUUUUUUAUAUAAAGAUGGCAAGAAUGAUUAACUUGACCCUGUACUUAUACUCCAAUGUUAUUCCUCAACGGAUGUUAUUUUAGAAGCUGUUAAUUUAGGUUUCUGCCUCAUUUUAUGUCAUUUCCUGUAUGCUACAAGUAGGUUGGUCAUUGGCCAAUGGGAAUCUUAUUAUUUUGGAUAUUAAUUUGCAUUUUUUAGUCAAAGUGAAUUAAGUUUCUACAGAAAAGAAAUCACAUUCCUUGAUGGAUUCUGCAUGUUUCACAAAGGAAGAAAUUAUUUUGAUGUGUAUUACUGGAUCAUGUUGGAAAUUUAGUCUUUUCUCUGCACCUGUAUACUGUAUAUGGAAUCAAGAGGCAAGUCAUAGGACAUGUUUAUAACUGAGAGGCAUGUUACAGAAAAUGAAUGCAUGCAUGGACACACACAUACGUCUGCCAUACACAUGUGCACACUUUCUCAACUUAGUAUUAAAUUCUUUAAUUUUCUAUCAUAUAUCAAAAGUCCAGAACAUGAUAAUUGCAGUGAAUGCCGUGGAUGCAAAGCUAAUUAUUUUACAAUUUUUAAAAACAAUUGGAAGUAAAAGUAUGAUUUACAUUUUGAGUAACAAAUCAUAGUUUUCUAUUUUGAUUUUAAUCUAAAUUGGUUUAAAUGAUUCCUUAAUAUACUUUAGCAAUUGUGAAUAUCUAUAUCAACAUAUAGCCAUUUUUCAGUAUUUUUUAAUUGUUUUUGUAAAGUUUUGAUUACUGAAGAGAGAGUAAUAUUGUCUCUAUACACUUGUUUGUAUAUGCAAACUGAAUUUCACACUAGUCAGUGUAAAGUAGCUCUUUUCAAAUUAAACGGUAAUGAGAGGAACCAAACCCUCAAACACGUAUCUCGGACAAAUGAGAAUGGCGUAGCAUGUUGGUAGAGUUUGGUUCUCAAAUUUAAGUUUUAAUUAGAAAAAAAAAAAACACACAUUAUGUGUAUGAUUACGUGUGUGUGAUUAUUAUUAUUAU